AUGCCGCGAUACGAGUUGACCUACCCAAAGGAGGCGCACAACACCGUCAAGCGGUACAAUUCGCGAGCCACCCUGCCCAUGAUCGGCGCAAUGGGCUCGUUUGAGCGGCCCAGUGCCGAUACGGGCGACGUUUUGGACCUGUAUCUCCAUGGCUACGUGUCGUCACGGCUGAUCAACAUCUCACGGACGAAGACAACAACUGAGGAGGGCAAGGAGAGCGACAAGGACAAGCCACCGGCCGGUCUGCCCGUGACGGUUGCGGCGUCGCACGUCGAUGGCCUUGUCCUGGCACUCUCCCCCAACGCCCACUCCUACAACUACCGAUCGGCCGUCUUGUUUGGGUAUGCCACACUUGUCACGGACGUCUCCGAGAAGCUGUACGCCAUGGAGCAGAUUACCAACAGCGUCGUGCCCGGCCGCUGGAACCAGACGCGCGUUCCUCCCAACAACGCCGAAAUGCAGAGCACGUCGGUGCUCAAGGUGCGCAUUGUGACGGGCAGUGCCAAGAUCCGCACCGGCAACACGCAUGAUGACCGCUGUGACCUGGACGACGAGUCGGUGCUGGACAGCGUCUGGGCGGGUGUGCUUCCGGUGCACACCACGCUGGGCGAACCCAUUCCGGCGUCGUACAACCGCGUCAAUGCGGUUCCCGAGUACCUUGAGCAGUUCCGUACCGACUUCAACACGACCUCGCUAGGGAAGGCGAUCGAGGCUGCUGAAGAGCCAGCCGAAGGCACGAAAGAUACACAUCCAAAGGACGAGUGA